AUGUUUCUGAAGCCAGCAGAUAAAACCCCAGGGCCGCUCAUCCCCGUGUCAGACUUGUGCUGCCUGGCAGGUGAUGAAGAUCUUCUCCAAGCUUUGUCAAGCCAUGGUUUGCCAACAACUACUUUGACAACUAAAACUGGCCAUGGUCAUGGGUCUGACCACCCAGAGUACAUUGCCUUUGCGCUGGUUCCUGUUUUCUUCAUCAUGGGCCUCUUGGGCAUCUUCAUCUGUCAUGUCCUUAAGAAAAAAGGAUAUCGUUGUACAACAGAGGCUGAGGAAGUAGAAGAAGAAAAAAUUGGCGAAAAAAUAGAAAUGAAUGAAACUAUACAUGAGAAUAGUGACACUGUGGGACAAAUUGUUAACUACAUAAUGAAAAAUGAAGCCAAUGCCGAUGUGUUAAAGGCCAUGGUAGCAGACAGCAGUGUUUUUGAACCCGAAAGCCCUUUAUCUCCUACCACUCCUGGGAGUCCAACAACCCCCGGGUCUCCUCUGUCUCCCGGUGCUGUUCCAUUUAAACACAGCUGCAAAGGGCAUCACUUCCACACUGUCGGAGGGGUAGCGGAGAAGGACGUCUGCACUCGCUGCAGUCACAAGCGAUGGCAUCUUAUAAAGCCAGCCCACAAACCUAAGGAGCACCGAAGGAGCCGCCUGGGAGAGGUCACAGUACUUUCCGUGGGCAGAUUCAGAGUGACAAAAGUGGAGCACAAAUCGAAUUCCAAGGAGCGGAAGAGCCUGAUGUCCGUUACAGGAGUGGAGAGCGUCAACGGCGACAUGCCGGUUACGCCGGCGAAACGGGAGUCGCGGGAGGUGCCGGCGACACCCGCGAAACAGGGAACGCAGGAGAGAAGAAGCUCAGAGUGGGACUUCUAGAAGAAAUGUGUCUGCCAGGACUUUGGAGAAAAGUGAAAACUCCAAGAUGCAUAUUAUUUAAAGAAAUGUAUUUAUGGCACUGUAGCAUUUUUACAAGUUCUGUGGUUGCACCUAUGCCAAGUUUAAGUGCUUAAUGGCUUUUCAUCAAUAGAACCAGUGAGAUUCAGAUGCUUAGAUACUGCUGAGCUCUGAGGACCUCAUUGUACUUUUUCUUGUAAAGAAAAGUAUCUAUAACCCUUUUUGGCAGUAAAAGCCUCAUUAAAUGACCAUGAUUUCUGUUCUUAAGUAUUUUCCAAGAGCUCAGUCUUCUGAUUAAUUACCUUAUGGAUAAACUAUGUGUACCCUUCCAUCCGAUCCAUCUGUUUUUUCCCCUCUCCUCUUCUCUGCAAAACUGCAGAGUUUAAGGCACUUAAGACGAGCCACACUUAACAAUCCAACCGAUAAAAGUCAAGCAAAAUGUGUAAGGAAACAAAUAUUGUAUCAGCCAAGAUCUGCAUGUGUGCCUCUGGUAUGUAAGCCUCCUACAGUACAGGCUAGUUCAGCCAUAUGCAGCUGUUAAACAGCAUCAACAUCCUUCCCUUACCUGCUUGACAGGAGGCUAAGGAGCCUCUUUUCUGUGGAUGAGCUUUUCUUUGGAUGAGCUCUUGGGGAGGCCGCUUUCUUUGAGGCUGUUUGUCCUUCCAGCUUCUUGCCUGUUUCUCAGGAAUGCCUAAUAGUCUCGCUUUUCUUUUUAUGUCUCCCCCGCUCUUUCCAGCUUCCUUAUUAAAGGAAGGCAGCCUAUUUCAGCAGUUAGAUAAGCAUAUGGAAUGUAUGACAUUACAAAUGUCAGAGUGUACUUAAGUACUUUGGAGUGGCUUUAUUGGACUGAGGAUAGGAGUUUUUGGUGGCAUGAAAAUGUUAAGCCAUAGCAUCACUAUCUUUAUAUUUUUAGCGUGACUUACUGGUGGCAGUAUCAGUGACUGUUCUGUAAUGCUGUUUGUUUUUGUGUGUGUAUGUAUUUCUGUGUGUGUGUCUACUUAAUACAAUCCCUGCUUUAUUUUAUUAUAUGUUACUUGGGAAUCUAUGCAAUAAUUCAGCAAACUUUGCUGUCCAGUAGAAACUGAAAAAUAACAUUUGCUCUGAGUGCCUAAGAAUAUGUAAGCUGUAAUAUACUGCAUAUUAAUAGAGAUUGCACUAUAUUCUGAGAACUAUAAAAUAAUUUAAUCUUCUUUAUGAAUUUAGUGAAAAAUCAGUGCCUGUUUUGAAAUUGGUAUUUUAAAUUAAUGAUCUCAAACUUUUUAGUCUAAAUGUUCUAAACUGUGUUUCUCCUUCACACUUAAGAGUCAGACUUUUUUCCUGUGCCAGCCUAUGCAAUGCUAACAAUCAAUAUGUAGAAGGAUAAAAAAAAUCUGCCCGCUUAAUUUUUAGCUAAUCCUCACAGCUUGUCACGCUUAUUGGGCUGUUACUGGGAAGUGCGUGCUACUGAUGGUUGCCUUUUGACUUGUACCUGCAAAACACAAUCCAGACCUAUCAAUGUGUGUGUCUCCGUAUUUGAGUCCCUAAAAUAAGCCUGCCCAUGGCUGAUUCUUGGAAGUCCAAUAUUCUUUCUAUAAAAUUAAGAGAUAAUUUGUAAGAUCCUUAAUUUCAAAAUUUAACAUGACCAUCAAACUUGCUUUACGGCUGCUGAGAGGCAUACAUCUAUUAAAUUAUUGCAUUCUUGUCCUCUCCAAGCUUUGCUUAUUUCUGUAAAGAGCUUAAUGUUUGCAGAAGAGUUUAAUUUGUGUUAGUGUAGUAGUUAGCUUUCAGUUUCCA